UCUUCUCUUCAAGACAUUACCUUUGAUCUUUUACACUCCAACCCAACAUCUGGUCAUAUGGGAAUUGGCCGAACAUUACAAAGAUUUCAACGCCUUUAUUAUUUUCCUGAUCAAACUGCAUGGGUAACUUCCAAGGUGAAAUCUUGCCUUGUCUGCCAAAAGGUUAAACGUACAAAUCAAACCCUUGGCCAUACCAACUUGAUUCAUUCAAACCCUCCUGUUCACCCCUUCGAUACCAUUGCUAUCGAUACAUUCGGUCCUUUACCUCCUUCACUAUCUGGUAACCGUUAUAUUAUUGUCAUU